UCCGCUCGAAAUUUCGAUCAAAUGAUCGACAUUCCUCAAGUAUAAUCUUGCCCGCGAGCAUUCAGCCAGUGACAACCGCUUUCACGUCGCCAUGUCUGACAAAAAGGGCGGGAAGAAAGGUGGAAGAAAAUCGGCUAGCGCUACAGGGGACAGAGAUGAAGGAGAUUUUAAGCAGGCCGAGAAAUCAAAACUAGAUGAGGUCACCAUUGAAAUUUAUGAGGCCAAAGUUCGAGACCUCAUGGAGAAGCUUGAGCGAUAUAAAAGCAAGUGCGAUGUGUUGACCAAAGAAAACGACGCCUUGGGCAAAGCUCAAGCAAAAGCCAGCCACGAUAAGCAAGACAUUGUGGAAUUCCUGAACAUUAAAGUAGGGGAACACGAAAAGCAUAUCAGUGAUCUGGAGGAAAAGGUGGUUCAAAUGGACCAAGAAAAAAGAGACCUCGAGGCGAAAGCCAAGACUGACGUGGAGCACGCGGUGGGAGCUGCUCAUAAAGAGAUCGAAGGCCUGCAGAGUCAGGUUGCUGUUUAUAAGGCUCAACUGCAUGACUUGAAUACUUUUGCUGCAAGGAAGGACGAGCUAGAACAGCAGCUGAAAUCGUUGAAGAAUCAGUUGGAAGCAAAGGAGCGGUCAUACAAGGAGACUAUUCACAAUAUUGAGCGAAAAGUACUUCAGGAUAAGAAUUCCGUCAAGAAAGAGAUGCUACAAAAGGUCAAUGAAGCGGUGGCCAGCUUCCGACGAGUUGCGGAUCAGCAGAUGGCAGAGACAACGAAACGAGCCAUCCGCGAGAACAUGGCCAUAACGUCUCAACUCAAAAAAAUGAGCGCAAAGACGAUCGAACUGAUCGGCGAAAACGAUUCACUCAAACAAAAGGUGGCACAAUUACGAACAGGUAAUGGGCUGCUCACGGAAUCCGAACAAGAAUUGGCCAAGAAGAAUCAGACCAAUCAGCGAGUUAUCAAAAUGCUGGUGGAGAAGCUCAAAGAGAGCGACAAGAUGCUGGAGAUGGCAUAUGAAAGCGGUUUGUUGGAUCUAGAGGGAAAUGUCAUUUAUGAUCGUGAGCAAUACGAGUACGAAGACCGAGAAGAGGAAUCAACAGAUCAGAUAUAUGAGUCGGAUAGGAGUAGCAAUGCUGAUCUGCCGAUAGACGAAGAUUUACAGACCAAAAAUUCGCAGCUCUCUUCAUUGUUAAUGAAAGUCUGUCGGGUAGCAGAUGAUAUGACUGAAUACUGGGAUGAACACAGACUUCAUAAUCAGGAUGUGAUAUCGACCGAUUUUGGCGCCUAUAUUGAAAGAUUGCGGAGCACCUUGGUGGAAGCAGUGGCUGCUAUCAACCACGAGGGGUUGGUCGACAUUAACAGCGCUUCAAUGGCGACAGACUCCUUUGCUGAGACACAUAAUGAUCAAAUGGGGCGCUCUGAGGAAAUCGAAACGGAUAAAAUGUUGCGUCAAGAGACUGCCCCAUUGGAAUCUCAAGCUGGUCGUCAAGCCCCAGCAGAACCACGAAGAACACCUGAGUCGGUGAAUGCGCAUAGCCUUCCUAGAAAACUGCCUCCAGCCGGGUUGCAGGCUGUAAUCGCGGCAAUACCGUCAACGCAAAAAGAAAAUUUGCAGUCUAGUUCAUCAGACCAUGAAGCAUAUCGCGACGUAGCUGUGCAAACUGCACCUUUGCCAUUCGGUCCAAAUACGAAAAGCGAAUACCUUCUAGGAGAAGUUCGACAGUGGGGUCCGCCGGCUCAUUCACUUCCACGUAAGGGUCUCGGUUUGUACGUCGCACGCAGAAACGGAUCACCUCCACCUCCUCUUGUGUCAGAACACGAUACCCUACGACAUAUAGGCCCUCCAUUACGAUCAUAAAGAGAGUAGAUAAUGUUCAGGUGCUAAUAGAUUCCGCAACUUUUGUGCAGUCAUCGAAGAGGCUGUGCAACAUCCCACACGUGGAAAAUGUGAUCAUAAAAUGAACAUGUUCCCAAAGUGUCCUUUGCCG